AUGGUAAUUCUCAACACUUCACCUGCUACUACUGCUCCUGAGCAGCUUUUCCCUGAAAAUGGUCACUUUUUUGAGGGUGCAGAAAAGCGUCUGGUCGUCUACUAUGCACCAACCAACACCAACAUUGCCCACACUAUUGCGUCCUCUGUGCCACCGGACCUUCGCACUGUUUCGCAAAGUGAAUGGGAGGAAGUGCUGGAGAAGGUCAACUGCAAGAUCAUUCACAGCAUGUCCAACAGCGAAAUGACCGCCUACCUCCUCAGCGAGUCCUCAAUGUUCAUCACUCGCAAUUGUGUGCUCAUCAAAACCUGUGGCACCACAACCCUUCUGCUCGCUCUGGCAAAGCUGCUUCAGCUGGCCCCCAAGUUGGGCCUCCAAGUGGUCGAUGUUUACUACUCGCACAAGAACCUGCUCAUUCCUCAGGCUCAAUCAGUGCCACACCUCAGCUUUGAUCAAGAGUGCGACUUUCUCAACAGCAGACUGCCUUCUGCAGGGCUGAAGACGGCAUUCUCAGCAGGAAACAUGAGCCUUGACAGAUUCUUUCUCUACGCCUACAACAGCGCAACGAUUGAACGCAGCCGAGGCAGUAAGAAUGAGCAUCUAAAGUUUGAAAUGAUCAUGGAGAACCUGAAUGAGGCAGUGAUGGAGCAGUUCAUUUUCACUGGCAAGCCACGUGUUACGGCAAAGGAUGUGACAAUCAACUCGGGCAUUUCACGCUUGAUUCCUCAAAUGCAAAUUGAUGAUUACAUCUUCGAUGGCUGUGGCUACUCGAUGAAUGGAUUCAGUGGAGCGAACUACCUCACCAUUCACAUUACUCCUGAGAAAGGCUUCUCUUUUGUGUCGCUUGAAACUAACGUUCCAAUGGAGGAUUAUGGCGCCUUUGUUCGAAAGGUGUUGAAGUGCUUCAAGCCGGGCAAGCUUCUGAUCAACUUGAUGAUAGCCGAAAGUGAAAAGUUCAACAAGAGCAAGUCGAUUUUUGAACUUUUCUCUCGUGUCAAACUGAGUGGCUUCAAUCGUUUGGAGCUGACAAUGACUCCAGUGAAAACUCUUAAUGUAAUUUACGCUCGAUACUCGUCCACCAAAUGA